AAACCAUGCAGCCUCUUUCUCGUUCACACAGGAACCAGUUUCCCAUACCUUUCUUUGGUUUGCCCAUUGUUCUACUAGUCUUCUUGGCUUCUCCCACCAGCUCUUGCACGGAGCAGGAGAAGAGCUCCCUUAUCCAGCUCCUUGAUGGGCUCUUGCAAGACGGCGGCCUCACGGUGUCAUGGCGGAGCGACACAGACUGCUGCAGCUGGGAGGGGAUUGUCUGCAGCCCUGAUAGGAGGGUCACUGAUGUUGUGUUGGCUUCUCACGGCCUUGAGGGGCCCAUCUCGCCAUUCCUUGGCAACCUCACCGGCCUGUUACGUCUCAACCUGUCGCACAACUCACUGUCCGGUGGCUUGCCACUGGAAUUGGUAUCAUCCAGCAGCAUCAUUGUCCUUGACGUCAGUUUCAACCGCUUGACAGGAGCUCUGCACGAACUACAAUCUUCAGCCCCUGACCGACCUCUGCAGGUACUGAAUAUCUCGAGCGACUUACUUACAGGACCAUUUCCAUCCACAAUAUGGAAGACAAUAGAUAAUCUGAUAGCACUCAAUGCCAGUAAUAACAGCUUUACUGGGCCGAUACCAAGUGAUUUGUGCAAUAGUUCACCAUUCUUCGCUGUGCUUGACCUCUGUUUCAACAAAUUCAGUGGCAGCAUUCCCCCAGGGCUUGGUUAUUGCUCCAUGCUGAGAGUGCUCAGGGCCGGCUACAACAACCUCAGUGGAACACUGCCAGAUGAGCUCUUUAAUGCGACCUCGCUGGAAUACCUCUCUUUUCCUAACAAUGAUUUACAUGGUGUUCUUGAUAGUGCUCGCAUGAUACGCCUCAGAAAUCUACGAAUCCUUGAUCUUGGGUGGAAUAACUUCAAUGGCAGUAUUCCAGAUUCUGUAGGUCAGCUCAAGAGAUUAGAGAAGUUCCAAUUGGGCCACAACAACCUGUCAGGGGAACUACCAUCGACUCUGAGCAACUGCACAAAUCUCAAAACAAUUGACCUCAAGAGCAACAAAUUUAGUGGAGGACUAAGCAAGGUCAAUUUCUCCAACCUGCGCAAUCUAAAAACUUUAGAUCUUUGGUCAGACAACUUCACAGGUACAAUUCCUGAAAGCAUGUACUCAUGCAGUAAUCUGACUGCACUGCGGCUAUCUAGCAACAACUUACAUGGGCAGCUCUCUUCGAAAAUAAGCAAUCUGAAGUAUCUCUCCUUCUUGUCACUUGGUAAAAAUAAUUUCACAAACAUUACAAAUGCCCUUCAGAUCCUUAAGAGCAGCAAGAACAUUAGCACCCUGCUUCUUGGGUACAUCUUCAAAGGAGAGAUAAUGCCACAGGAUGAUAAAAUUGAUGGUUUCGAGAAUCUUCAAGUUUUGGACACUGGAGAAUGCAAAUUGUCGGGAAAAAUACCUCUAUGGAUAUCAAGGCUCACAAAAUUGGAGAUGUUAGUUUUAAGAGGCAACCAACUAACUGGCCCAAUACCAGGCUGGUUUAAGUCCCUAAGCCAACUCUUCUUUAUGGAUGUGUCAAGCAACCAUCUUACAGGAGAAAUCCCAUUAACCUUGAUGGAGAUGCCAAUGCUAAAAUCAACUGAUAACUCAAGCCAUUUGGGCCCAAGGGUCUUCAAGCUGCCUGUUUAUACUGGCCCACUACUUCAAUACCUUGUGGUUACAUCUUUCCCAGUAGUAUUAAAUCUAAGCAACAACAACUUCACAGGUGUGAUUCCCCCACAGAUUGGUCAGUUGAAAGUUCUUGUUGCACUUGAUUUCAGCUUCAACAAGCUAUCAGGACAGAUCCCAAAAUCAGUAAGAAAUCUCACAAACCUGCAGAUCCUAGACUUGUCCAACAACAAUCUCACAGGUGCAAUCCCAGCUGCAUUGAACAAUCUACACUUCCUUGCAGCGUUUAAUGUUUCUGACAAUGAUCUAGAAGGUCCUAUUCCGUCUGGAGGCCAGUUUAACACAUUUGGGACUUCUAGCUUUGAUGGGAAUACAAAACUCUGCGGGUCUAUGCUCAUUCACAAAUGUGGUUCCGCAGAAGCACCUAGGGACACUAUUCUGUCAACAAAACAAACUGAUUACAAGGUGGCUUUCGCGAUUGCCUUCAGUGCGUUCUUUGGUGUAGGGGUGUUGUAUGAUCAAAUAGUCCUAUCGGGGCAUUUUGGCUAGUAGUACUCCAAUUUACGUAUCUGUUUAUGUCAACUUUGAUCAGGUUAGGUUGCUAUCCAGGUUUAGCAACAUGUCCAGUAAAUAAGCUUCUGCUCUAGGUAUGAGUCAUAACCUCAUAAUUAGGUCUACAAGACAUUCUAAGAGUAACGGUUAUUCUAUUUCUGGGAGAUGUAAAAGUAUGUAAUGCUGUGGGACUGUUUAAACUGAAGCAAUAUUAAUAAAAUGAAAAGUCGAAAUUCUCAACUCCGCUGUAACUCUUUUCGGAACAGAAAAAUCAAUGUAACCUCAAUUCAUCAUUUCCUUUUGCUUGCUGAACAUUGAGCAAUGCGUAACACUGGAGUCAUGCUAAUUUUUUAGGUAUACGACUAGUACUAGGGCACCGCAAUCUGUGAAACCGUACGAAGCAGAGAACGUCCAAUUUUGUGCAUCCCAAGGUUUUGUGUGCCCACGACGCUAAUCUGUAGCCCAAACUAUACGGCGGUUUACAAUCCGAUUCUCAUAAACUAAGAGUGAUCCAACGACAUCUGUAGCUACGCGCCACGCGCCCCAUUCUCGAUUCGGGCGAUUCUUUUCCCAGCAAGUUAAUUUGCACGACGACGUACCUUGGG